AUGGACGAAAGCGAUCUCCAAACGGUCCCGGUCGACAACACCUAUCGCGAGGUCAUCACUCUCAACGGCAGAGACUUUCAGAGAUAUGCCGUCGAAAACAGCAUCUAUUUCGCCCCCGUGGACGAUGACGAGAUCGAGCGGCUUCACUACCAACACGAGCUGUUCAACAUGGUGUUCGAAAACCGAUUAAUAUUUCCUCCCGUUCCGCGGCCUCGGAGAAUCUUGGAGUGUGGAUCCGGAUCCGGGGCAUGGGCGAUAGAAGUGGCAGAGCAGUAUCCCGAAUGCGAGACGACAGCUUCGGCACCUGCAGGAGAAUCCAUGGCAAGACUCCAGACUGACUUUGGCCAACAGGUCAUCGGACUCGACAUCUACCCCUACCCGGUUCCAGAGGACAUCCCCGACAACGUAGACUUCCAGGUGGAUGACUUGAACAGUCCGUGA